AUGACGUAUCCUGUGAUACUCAGCCGGGGAAUUGGGAACACUCUGGCGGAAAAAGGCCUUGAAAUUCAGGCACUUUUGAGCGUACAAUACAUAAUGCGUUAUUAUCACAUUUCUACGAUUUGUUUCAUGGCGACCAUGCACCCAGCUGAAAGUAAUCCUGCAGCUGGGACGGUUAUCAGCCAGGCGAAAGCGAUGUUUCGGAAGAGUGUCCAGGAAACUCCUUCGCCGCCCCGCGAAGCCCAGCCUACGCAGACCACGGACCCGACCUUGCAGUGGAUCGAUAAAAUACAGAAGAAGACGUACUUCGAUAGUGAAACCAGUAGUGGGUGUAAUUUUAGCAAGGUCCUGACCCAGAGUUUGAAUGACGCGUCUACCCCAGAUCCACAAUCCAACAGAAAUGCCGACUCCUCCGUAGAGAAGAAUCAGCAGUGGUGUCUCAGUCUCUUGUUUAGCAGAUCCUUCAGCGUAGACAGCCCAGAGACCUAUGAGAGGUCCGAUGGCAUUGCUAACGUCGUUACCACCAUGUGCGAAGCUCCCGAAAGCUGCAGUGAGGACUUGGAGGAAGGAGAAUAA